CUUGCGCUCUGUGGCUGUGCUGUGAGGCAGUGGCGGGGGGAAGGCACCGGUGGGGCCGACUGGCAGGCUGAGGAGAGAAGCGGGUGAGCGAAGUCCCAGUGCGCGCCGCGGCGGCCGGGGGACCUUCCCCUUCCGGGCGUGGAAAGCCGAACGGAGCGGACCCGCAUCGGGAGGGAGCGAGGAGGCACUUGUGUCGACUCCGCCCGGCCUCUGUGGGCUUCGGCGCUUGGGUCGCGGGGCCCGGCUUCCUCAGCACAGCCAGCUUCGGCCGCCCGCAGAGCGCGUCCCCAGCGCUUCGGAAGCCCCGGCGCCUGCCCGGGCUCUCGGCGGGGAGGAUGACGGAGCUGCAGUCGGCGCUGCUACUCAGACGACAGCUGGCAGAACUCAACAAAAAUCCAGUGGAAGGCUUUUCAGCAGGUUUAAUAGAUGAUAAUGAUCUCUAUCGAUGGGAAGUCCUUAUUAUUGGUCCUCCAGAUACACUUUAUGAAGGCGGUGUUUUUAAAGCUCAUCUCACUUUCCCAAAAGAUUAUCCCCUCCGUCCUCCUAAAAUGAAAUUCAUUACAGAAAUCUGGCACCCAAAUGUUGAUAAAAAUGGUGAUGUUUGCAUUUCUAUUCUUCAUGAGCCUGGGGAAGACAAAUAUGGUUAUGAGAAGCCAGAGGAACGUUGGCUGCCUAUCCAUACUGUGGAAACCAUCAUGAUUAGUGUCAUUUCUAUGCUGGCAGACCCUAAUGGAGACUCACCUGCUAAUGUUGAUGCUGCGAAAGAAUGGAGGGAAGACAGAAAUGGUGAAUUUAAAAGGAAAGUUGCGCGUUGUGUAAGAAAGAGCCAAGAGACUGCUUUUGAGUGACAUUUCUUCAGAAAUAGCUAGUAAUUUCACUUAUUUCAGGGUCUCCAAUUGAGAAACAUGGCACUGUUUUUCCUGCACUCUACCCACCUAUUGCUGGACAUUCUGUUGUAAUAAGUUGGCAAACACUGGCUGGAACUGGGCUGCAAUAAAACAUGCCAGUUAUCAAUGCUGACAAGAGCCUAACAAGUGCCAACUUACAGAUGAUUACGCAUUUUGAAUUCUAAUGAACUGUUUUAACCUUCAGGAAGAAUUGUAAAGACCUGUACAUAGCACAACAUGAUCCGGAUAAUAUAUAUACUGUUCAUGUACAUCCACAAAUACACCUUGUACCAAAUAAUGCUUUCUUGUAGUAGAAUAAGAAUCGUGUAAAUUCUAAAAGAUUUUAGUAGGUUUCUUUCUUUAUUCAUUGUUUCUUAUCAGUUCAAAAGACUCCUUAAAGCAUGUCAGGUGAAAACCAAUUAGGAUUAAAGGUUUCAUAUAAUUUUCUUUAAACUAUUGAGGCAUCAUUAAACUCUUUCCACUUACUAAAUUUUUGUAUCUUCUUUAUUUUGACACACUCCCUUUUCCCUUUUUUCUCCUCAGUCUGCCAGGAAGUUCUCAAAUCAUUUAGUUUAAAUACUAAAAGACUUAGUAACUACUUGAUUUUUCAUGAUGACUUCGGAAGGGGUCAUCACUAGGUGCUUUGUCCUUUUUGUAUUCUAGUUCACCCAUCUUGGAUUGGAUGUAGCAAUAACAUUUUCUUGAUGUUGAGAGCUCUUGAACCUAGUCAUUAUUUCCUGAGAACUUAAAGAAAUCAGUUCUAAGAUCAACUUAGUGAACUUUAUUCCAAGCAAUGCAAAAUACAAAUUUGGUUUUGUUUAUGCCCUUCAGUUGCCUGAUGUUAAGGUUGGAUAAGUUAAGCAUGCACAGCUACAGGCUUUCUGCAUCUGGGUUUGCUAUUUAAAAUGCUGUUUGCCCUCACCCUUCUUAGUCCUUCAGAUUUCUUUGCUUCCUCUUUAUUGCAGACUUUCCUCACUUACUGUACAAAGAAGUUGUGAUGUAUAUUUUCAUGUAAUUUGAUUUUGGAAUUCUGUCACCUUAUGUAGUGAGUUCUUCCAAAAUAUAAAUUUUUUCCAAUAAUUGUCAAGUUGUUGGCUCUUAUUAUAUUGAAUGAAAGUUAUAAUACUGAAUGCCAGAGAAGUGCAGUUUAAAAGAAUCUCAGGUUGAUUCCUUAUGCAAAUAAACAUAAUACUUGAAAAUCACAUGGCAAUGACAGUAAACAUUGGGUUCUAUCUUAAUUCUUUGAAUCCAAAAACAUUACAGGGGUAAAUGUUUUACUAAUCAACAUAAAGAUUGUCAUAUAAGCGCACUUAGAUUUGAUUAAUAUUUGAGCAUAAGUAUGUUUGUCAUACAGUUUUUGAAAACACCUUCAGCAACUUGUAAAACAAGUAUAUACAGUGUUAAACAUAGGCCUGUGUUCCUCUGUUUGCUGUGAGUUUGAGCGUGAAGUACAGUGUUUGGUGUGUAAGGGAUAGAACUUAUGGCGGUAGCAGCUGGGGCAUGGCAUUUUAAAGACUCUGAAGAGACAUCUCUGCUCUUUGGAGUUUGGAAAAGAAAGGGUUCCUUCAAAGCCAGACCUUUACCACCCUUGCAUGUCCCUUCUUAAACAGAGAUGAGGUGGUUGAGGAUAUAGUCAUAGUGAUGUUUCUAAAUACUAUAUUCUUUUGCUUGGAAGCAUUAUAAAAACCCAUACACAUUAUAAAACCCCAUGAGUGUGUAGUGACUCUGAAAAUUGUUGGGUUCAAUUUGUUGGAGGUCAGUUUUUCUUAGAACUUUGUGACUUUUCUUCCCCAGAGAUUAUAAAUAUUGUCCCACAAUGCAACUGCUCUCUUACAAGGGACUUGGAAUGCAAUCAUUUUCAUUCUUAAAUCAGAAAAAUCAGAAAUUGUCCAUAUGGUGGAUGCUUUGGCAAUGUGGAGUUGCAAUUUUGCUCUCCUGAUGCUGUAAUUCUAGCAAUCUGUUGAGUUAAAACAAAUGAGCUUGUAACUCAGGGACAGCUGUUUCUGAACUUUUAGGUGCCACUUUAAUGCAGUUACUUUGGGGUAACCAUGUGGGGGUGAGUACCUCUUCUCACACUCUUCUAUAUGGUAUCCUGACCAUGCUACACUUGAAACACAGGUCUAGAUGUUAGUUCUUCAUUUCCUCCAUCAGAGAUGUCAUUUGUGCCUUUCCCAGUGCUCAUCUGACACUGUGAAGUUAAAUGCCUCUACAUUUGAUAAUAAAACUCACACUCAGGUGACACUAAACCAGGUGGCUUUUGUCCCACUAAUGCCUCAUGAUUGUGAGGCAAUUCUUCUCUGCUUUAGGAAAAGUUUUGCCUCUAACUUGUGCCAACCAUCAACAUCUACAUAAUCCUUUAGGUUAUAGAACUGUUGACUUUUUCUAAAUUCAUUCCAAGUUCCUGUAGAGGGUUUUAGAUUUUCAUUUGUGUGUGUAUUGGGACAAUUUCAAUAGCUUUCUGGCCUCUCGAGUUUAAAACCCAUGUAAGGUUGAUUCCUUGUCAGGUAAUGUGUUUGUGAGGGUACUCCACUAGUUCUGUGAUUAUUACUUGGGUGUCAGGGCAUCUUUAACAGCCUUCAUUCCCAGUUGUGAAAUUUUAUUUAUAUGCUUUCACUCUCUACAGUUCUGCCCAUCUUGGGUUGUAGUGCCUGCUUAUCUUUGCCUGUCUGGUCUCCAGCUGGUGGGAUUACCUUUUUUUGUACUGCCACUUCUCAACAUCUUUGAAAUUAACAUAAUGUUGCUUCAUUCCAGUUUUUUGUUUUGUUUUCAGUUCUGUAAUUUGUUGUACUUUGUAUUUAACUAUGUGAGUUCUGUUGUGAUGUUCACUGUAUUGUAAAGCACCUCUAUCAUGUGAUGGGUGCUCUGUAAAUCAAUAAAUGAUGACUUAGAGGCUGUUA